GCUCCCGUUUAGUGCCACACCGCGCGCCCUGCCGCGUGCUGCCACUCCGGAGUUUUUUUGGAGACCUCGGAAAGCGAUCCGCGUGUCUUUUUAUAAACCUCCCCCAUGCACGAGCAGCGCGAGACCACCCCGUCCCGGAGCGUCCCGAUCCCGGAGCGCUUUUAAGGAACCUUUUGACCAUCACUUUGUGCUUGCGGGAAUCCCGGUGCGGGAAGAGGAGUGCGCGUGAGGAGUGAGGAGAGAUGCUCCGAUGGAUGUAAAGAGCAGCGUGUGGGUCUGUAAUCAGUGAGCUGCUUUUUACACACACACACGCACACACACACACACACACGCACAAACACGCACACGCACGCACGGAGGACCGCGCGCUGGAAACGCGGAUCGGACCCGCGAUGAUCGUCUCCACGGUUUGCGUUCUCUUUCCGCUGCUGGACGUCCUGCUGUCUGCAGAAAAGUCCGUGUUUGCUGCAGCGAGCCGGAUGGACUGCGUUGGAGCCAGUGAGCUGUGCUUAAAGGAGCCGGGAUGCAGCACCAAGUAUCGGACUAUGAGGCAGUGCAUAGCGGGGAAGGAGGGCAACAUCAGCGCCGAGGGGAGGGACGAGUGCCGCAGCGCCCUGGACGCGCUCAAGCAGAGCCCGCUGUACAACUGCAGGUGCAAAAGAGGCAUGAAGAAGGAGAAGAACUGCCUGCGCAUCUACUGGGGACUCUACCAACAUCUACAAGGAAAUGAUCUACUGGAGGAAUCUCCUUACGAGCCCAUGACUAGCCGUGCAUCAGAUAUAUUUCGAUUGGCACCCAUCUAUUCAGAGGGAGACACGAACAGCGGCCCCAGGAGCGCUCCAGCCACCAUGACCCCGGCCCAUAACCCUGGUAGAAACAAGAGAUCAAACCCCGCUUGGGCUGUCCUGGGUGACCCUGCUCUAGCCAAGGAGAACAACUGCCUCAAUGCAGCCAAGGCGUGCAACCUGAAUGACACGUGCAAGAAGUACCGCUCGGCCUACAUCAGCCCGUGCACGAGCCGCGUCUCCACGGCCGAAGUGUGCAACAAGCGCAAGUGCCACAAGGCGCUGCGUCAGUUUUUCGACAAGGUUCCUCCCAGACACAGCUAUGGCAUGCUGUACUGCUCAUGCCCUCCAGGGGACCAGUCAGCCUGCUCCGAGCGUCGGCGCCAGACCAUCGUCCCCGCAUGCUCCUAUGAGGACAAGGAGAAGCCCAACUGCUUGGCACUGCAAGCCUCCUGCAAGACCAACUACAUCUGCAGGUCACGUCUAGCGGAUUUCUUCUCCAACUGUCAGCCUGAGCCACGUUCUCUUUCUGGCUGUCAGAAAGAGAACUAUGCUGAUUGCCUACUCUCCUACUCGGGCCUCAUUGGGACGGUGAUGACUCCAAACUAUCUGCGAUCCCCUAAAAUCAGUGUGUCGCCGUUCUGUGACUGCAGCAACAGCGGCAACAGUAAAGAAGACUGUGAGCAGUUCACGGAGUUCUUUACUGACAACGCCUGUCUGCGUAAUGCCAUUCAGGCGUUUGGAAACGGGACAGAUGCGAGCGUGUGGCAGUCAGCUCCAGUGCAGAGCACCACGGCCGUGAUCACUCCAUCACACAGAGGUCGAGGACGUGAGAAAUCACCCAACUCCCUGGAGCCGGACCUGCACGGCAACCGCCUGAACCCUGGAGACAACUCACUGUAUCAGUUCUGUGGAAACCUGCAGGCACAGAAACUGAAGACCAAUCAAACAAUAGAUGUGUUAUGUGUGGACCCUCAGAUCAACCCCAGCUCCUCCAACUCCAUCUCGGGGAACUCAGCAUCUCCGUCAGGCUUUAGCACUCUGCUGCUCCUGCUGCUCAGCUCUUUGCACUGCUCCCUGGCACUCCUGCUACCCAACCUGGCACUGCUGUUGUAGCCACCUGGCCAAUGCAACACAUGGACGCUCGUAAUUUGUAUUAAAAAAAAAAAUCUCUGAUAUAUGUUCCAGGUCUACCUGUUGUAAUCACCUUCUCUCACUGUCUCCUCUCAGUGUUUUUACAGCUCUGAGUUUUAUGAGCUUUGGUUUAUGCGAAAGGGAUUUCAGUGUAACUUGAUUUUUCUCUCCGUUCCCUGUUGGGAUUUUUCUGUACCUGGAGAUGAACAGUGAAAAAGGAUGUGCAAGAUUUGUUCUUGCAACUUUCGAGACAAACCACAGGCUGGUCUCGGGGGUGAGAGAUCAUUUGAAAUGGUGGUCAAGAUGAGUGGGGGCAGCUUUCUUAAGUGUUUGACAAAUCUCAUCUGUGUUUUUUUGCGUAUGUUGUGUGCGGUACGAUAUGCAUUGACUUCUAACUGGCACACAAAACAGAGGCUUACUGGGAGGUUUUGUCAGUUUCGAGCCUUUUUCCCCACUCUUAGCAUAAACACACAUAGUGUCAGAGACUUGGAGUAACUUUUGGAGGCACACACAAAGUCCAAGGAAGAGUUGAUUGCUGGGAUUCCUGUUGUGCAUGAUUAUUCUUAUAAAAUGAUUGAUUUAAUCUGAUUAUUUUGGGGGAACAUAGCUAUUCAUAUGUGUUCAGUAUAUAUUUUGAGAUCGUACUUUGGGUCAGGAAGAAUUUUUUUGGGGAGUGUUUGAGCACAGAGAGUCUGAAAGAGUGUGUUACAGUGCCUGGGUCAGUUUGGCAGUACCAGUUAAACUGCACUGAGCAGAGUGCCUCCAAGUCUAUUAACAGUCACCAGUGUUGUAUAUGAUUUCCUCAAACUCUUACAUUCUCUCUCCUAUGAAACUCCACUGUAAUUGUAGCUGUCACCAGUCCAAACUCAUCUGUCCUCAAAGUGCACAUACAUAAUGCCUUUACAGUGUAGACCAUGCUUGGACCCUUUGCGUCCAAAUGAAAUACCGUAUGUAUAUUAUAGUGUUCUUUUUUUGUGUUGUAAUUCCAAGCAUUACAGAAGGAGGCUGUGUUAUGGCUGUAUGCUCAAACCAGAUCUUGAUCUUAAUCAAUCCGAAGGUUCGACUUUAAAAGUUUCCUUUGAAACGAACCAGAAAAGCGAUACACGCUCACAAAAGCAUGUGCAGCUUUAACAGCCGUUGCACAUUCGAAGCAUUUAUGACAUGAUGUUUGGCUUUUUUAACGGAAAUAACACAAGAAAUGCAUUAAUGCAUUGCUCUCUUUAUUUACAGGGCAUCCAGAUCUUAUUAAGAGACUUAUUUACUUAAAAUAGACUGAGAAAAUAUGAAUUUUGAUUUGAUAAUGCAACGUCUUAUCCUACUGCAUAAGGUCAUAAUGACUUGUUUAGAUAAACAUAUACUGUAUACACCAUAUAAAGGAAUAGACUCCACCUAUAAUGACUGCUGCCCCAAAGUGUACUACAGAGAUUUAAUUGAAUACUAAACUAUUGUUUAAUGGUUUAAAAAAAGGAAGGGAAAAGUAAAGAAGGGGAAAAAAAACUCUUAUUUUUGUAUCUUUUGCAUUGUGAGUUUUCUUUAUCACAAAACUCUUGCCCGUGCUAGCAACAAAGUUAUACGAGUUAUAACUGUUGCAGUAAAGCUUUUACAGAUGGCAUUAGCAGGUCUAGAUGGGCAUUUUAGGGGCAGAUGCAUUGCCCUGCUGUGCAUUAAAGGCUACACUGAGUGUACAAAACACAAUACUUCUGGACAUUACAGGGCAUUUUCUGACUAUUUGACUCUCAUUAUGGCCAUCUGCUAAUCUGCACAAUUCAUUUCUCUUUCAACAGUUGGCCCUUUUCAUCUUUGGUGUGCUGGAUCAUUCGGGAUACACAGUGAUGUGCUUAAAAAGGUCCCAGCAUUAAUCGCAUUUUUAUCUUUUGCCUCAAUCCAUUGGCAUUUCUCUAUAUUUUUUGUCUAAAUUCAGUUUCAUUACUGGAGAAUAUAAAUACCAAGAAGUAUUAAGAAGUAUAAAAAUAGCCAGAACUGUUACUUAUCCUACAAAAAUAUUUCAGAUGUAUCCUAUAGAAACACCUAUACUGGCAAAUUCAGAAUUAAUGGCACCCUCCUUCAAAAUGACAAAAAAAAUGCAACGAGGGAUGUUACAGUAAGCUUGAACAUAUAGGAAGGCUAUAUAGUUUAAUUUUAAAGUAUGUUUGUUCUCACGUCACUAAUCAUACCAGAGAGAGUAAAUGAAAUUAAAAUAAAUCUAUGAAAGUCUAUGAAUACUCCUUUUUAAUACUCUACCUUUUCUUCAUGAGAUGCCUUCAGCUAAAUAUUUUACAUAACUGCAUGCGAUUGGCUGCAACAAGCCACAACAGAGGAUAUGUUACAGAAACUUUACAGAAGGUUCAUGUUUUUUUAAAAAAAAGUAGAGUCAUUAAACUAUGGACAGUUUUUUUUUUUAAGACAUUGAUCAGUUCUGCUAUAGUAUUUUCAUUCUUUUAAGAAUGAUUCUUUGCUAGAGGAAAGGUAAAUCAUUUCUACAGUUGUUGUAUAUGUUUAUUUUAUACAAUUACAUUUUUUGACAUAUAUAUUUUGAUAUUCCCUUGACAAGUACUAAUAAUUCUCGAGUUCACAGUAGCUAGUUUGCAUCCUCAUUUGUCAUGGCUUGAAAGUUCCUAGUACUAAAGGCAAGAACACAGCACCUCUCAAAUGGUUACAGGAAUAUUCUUCAUUCUUGUUUUUUCUUUUUUUUUCUUUUCAAGUUUGUUCUUACAAGGUCAUUUGCAAACAGUUUUCAUCCAUUUUUCACAUUCUUGGUACUGAUAAACAACCUCUUUGCCUGCCUUCAUUUAUACUUAUCAAAGUGGAUGUACCCGUAAAAUCAAAUAGAGAUUGUAGUAUUAUACAGCUAAUCAGUUUCAAGAAAUAAGCACACUUUUCCAGUGUUCUGCACACUCAGUGUAUGCUGCAAAAUUUGCGUCAGAAUGUGGUAAAAAAGAAAAAAAAUCUUACAUGCCCACAUUAUACUGGUCGAUAAAAUGAAUGACUUGUUCUUGUUUAUAAAUAAAAAGGUUUCCCCUCUGACAUAUUUCUUCCUAGCUUGUGAAAAUGUACAAAUAAAUAUUAUAUGAAAACUGAUUAAAAUGGUGACUCAUUCAA